AUGGCCGUCGUCGACGCUACCCCCUCGACGCCUUCACCUCCAUCUUCUUCCAUCCGAACGCCACCAGCCCCCCGACUUGGCUACCACGAUAGCUGGGAACCGUAUUCACCACCACGCAAAUCAGCGAGACUGUCUGCGCAGCGUGUUUCUGCCAGAACCCCAUCGCCUCAGCCUGCAACUCGCCAAGCAGUUUCAUCGCCUCGCGCCGCAGCAAAGUCGGCCGCUCAAAGCUCCGCAGCAAUGGCCUCACCAGUUUCCUCACCACGCAAGAAGCGCCAACCUGCCGCCGACUCGGUCCGUCGCGUCGCUGCAGCCUUGGCGGCCGGAUCUGCUGCUCCAUCAGGAUCAAAAGACAAGUCUGUCGCCGGCCGAGCCAUCGCGUCUUCUUCUCUAAUGCUUCCAACGCCAUCUAAAACGCCUCAGAAGCCCCCAACUUCCAAGGAGACUGCAGAGAUUCAAUCCUUUGCUCGCAAUCUAUUUCCCACCGAGGAUGCUGAUGUAUCAAGUCCCCGUAAGAGGCGUUCAAAGAAAUUUUCAAGCAUCACUCUGGAGGGUUUCCGGGCUGAAGCUGAGGAGGAUAUCGAAAUUUUCACCGAUUCUCAAGAGCGCAUCCCCAAGAAGGAUGACAGCAAAUUGAACCCUUUUGCGAGCAAUGCUACCAGUGCUGAACCCUCCAAACGCCGGACCAAGCGUAAGGUGAUGAUCCCUGGCGAAGGAGCUCAGUCGGUUGAUGAAGCCGCGCGCCGUGACGACGGCCUGAUUUACGUAUUCCGUGGCAAGAAAUUCUUCCGCAAGUUCUCCGAAUUUGAUGAUGAAGUAGAGGAUGAAGAAUUGGAUUCAGAUGUUGAGGCUCAUUUCUCCAAGCCACUCACACGAUCAUCCAUCAAGCCUAGACUACUCUUCCCCACCAAAGCACCCGCUCCAAAGACCAAGCAGAUGCUUGAAGAGGAGGAGGCGGCAACUGAUGUCGAAGAUGCCAAGGAUGCUACCGAGGCAGAGGAGCCCUCAGCACCUGUCGAAACACCUGUCAGAACACCUGUCAAGGCCAAGGAAGAGAGAGCCCAAACCCCAGAGGCUCCGAAAUAUGCACCCGCAUCUCCGCCAGAAACCAGGCGAACCACUCGGUCUACCAACAAGCUGGCCGCAGCCCCAACACCCGCCAGACGCGCUGCUGGCAAGAAGAGUCCUUUCGACUCGUGGCUUCGAACCAAGGAGUCGGCAAACCGAUCAGGCACGAAACGCGCUGCUGGCGAACCACUGCCCGCAGCUCCUGCCAAGAGAACCCGCUCCUAG